AUGCCUGAAAAAAAGACAUCAGAUAAGUUGAAGAAAAGUAACAGUUUCGAGCAAUGGGAUUGGUUGACUGCUAAAUUUGUGGGAGCUUCAAAUUUACCAUUUCUAUUGCUGCAACUGCCCCAGAUCAUACUCAAUACUCGUAAUCUUAUGGCAGGAAACAAGUCCGCACUCUUGGCAGUUCCAUGGCUGGGAAUGUUCACUGGGUUGCUUGGGAAUCUUUCGUUGCUAUCAUACUUUGCAAAUAAGAGGGAAACGGAGGUGGUGGUGGUCCAGACAUUAGGAGUUCUGGCUAUGGCCGGAGCGAUGCCUCUCCCUCAUUUUGUCAUCACUUCUUUUGUGGUUGCUUCUGGUCUCGUUUUAAAUUUUUUGUAUUACUUUGAGUUGCUCAAUCCGGGAAUCUGGCGUUUUUGGGAAGAUUCAUUACCAUUGCUGGGCUCUCUGCACUUCCCCAAUAUCUUGCCAGUGGUGAUGGCUUUCAUCAUAGUUGUUGUGGCUGUUAUUAUGGUAAACGUUAUAUUCAUUGUGGUUUUCCGCUGUAUCCGAAGUUCUAUUUGGAGGUGUAAAGAUUGCCAAACAAAUAAUGCGAGACAACAGAAAAGUCAUUAUAAAGAUGGGGAAAAAGUUUAUUCAAACUUGAAGGGAUUGUUUUCGUCUGCGAUUUAUGUGACCAACAGGAUCAUCAAUGUGAAACUAAAUCAAGUGAUGGACCAUGGUGGCUUUUGAGUUGUUCAGCGUUGUAUUAGGUUGUAU